UUUCGAACGACCAGACCGCCAGAGCAUCCAGCGUAAUGCCGCAUGGAGCCGGAUGAGGCUGACAGCGAAGGCGACGUUGAGGAACACGAUGACAAGGAGGAGGAGUUGCUGGCCCCCAAAGUGGGGCCCAAUCCCCUUGACCCGGAGGACAAGGGCUUCACCCCGCUGGACGUGCCGCGGCGCUGUACCGACUGCGUCUGGCUGCUCCCCUUUCUGGCGGUGAUGGCGGCUUCCGCGUGGAUCACCCACCGCUCCACCGAGGUGGGCCGGCCCGGCAUGCUCUUCCACCUCCCGGACUUUACGGGCAGGUACUGCGGAGGAACGCUCCGCCAGGACAAGCCCUAUCUGUAUUUUUGCAUGGCGGUGCAAAGCGAGCACAUCUAUGACGAGUUGCACAAGAGCCUGAAUAAGCGGUUCCCCAUUUGUGUGCACGAGUGCCCCACCAGCUUCAACACCUCCAGCCGCUGCUACCUGGGCCACGGAAGCCACCACCAGGAGAACUGGGAAUGGGUGCAAGACUACCCCGCCCAGCCAUUGGCCAACGUGAUUUGCAGGCCGCACGCGGAGUUUGCGGUGAGCUUGUUCCACCAGUUCGAAGAGGCGGUGACGACUGCCCCGCCGAAUCUGUCGGUGCUGCUCUUCCUGCGGAACUGGAACUUUCUGGCGCUGGCGGCAGGGACUUCCUGCAUCUUCUCCAUCGUCUACAUUUUUUCCCUUUCCCACUGCGCGCGAUGCCUGAUUUGGUCCUCCUACGCCGCCAUCGGCAUCGGCUCCGCGCUACUCUGCGCGGUCUACGCCUACCACUUCGACACGGGGCACCUCAAGGCCAUCAUAGGGCGCAGGGCCAAGGAUCCGGUGGACCUGGCCUUCGCCGUGGGCUUUGCCACGGUGGCCCUGGUGUCUCUGUGCCAGCUGCGGACUUUGGGCCAGAAGCUCGACGUAGCUGGGCGGGUGCUCGAGAUGGCCUGCAGGUGCAUUGUGAGCACCCCAAGCUUGACUCUCAUGCCCAUGAUUCUCGCAGUGCAGCGGAUGGUGCUGCUGAUGUGGUUCCUCUUCGCCUUCGGGAAUUUCUUGACUACGGAGAUGGAUGAUGGCAUGAGCAGGGCCCAGGAGAUGGUGUACGGAUCUGACAAGGAGUGGGAGUACGUAGAAAUGUUUCCCACCACGAACAAGGCGCAAGUCUUGUUGCUUGCCAUCAGCCUCCUGUGGUUCAACGAAACCAUGACGGCGGCCGCCUGCUUCGUGAUGUUCUUCACCGGUCAGAUCUACCAGCUGAAUUUGCCGAGCCACAAGGGCCGGAUCCUCUGCCGCGUGGUGCGGGGCUACUGCAUCAUCCUCCGUUAUCACAUGGGCACCGUCAUACUUGCAGGUCUGCUGCAGCUGUUCUUGGGCCCACUGCACAUGGUGCUGGGCCGGCUGAAUGACGCGGGCUUCGUGGGGCCCAUCGGCUUCCUCAUCCAGAGCUGCUGCUGCUGCCUUCUGGACUUCUAUAAGGACUACCUGGAGUAUCUGCGGCGUGAUGCGCUUCAGGACGUUAGCCUCCAGGGUAUGUCCUUCAUGGAGGCCGCGCGGCACAUCAGCGGCACGGAGGGGGUGCUGGAUGAGGUGCAUGUGCUGAACACCCAGACUCUGAUCUUCCAGACCGCGGGUCUGGGUCUCGCGAGUUUGCUGGGCUGGCUUGCGGUCGCGCAGCGCCUGCGCGACCCCGUCUUCAGCUCCCAUGAGUCCGAAGAGUACGUGCCACAUCCCAUGGCCUUCUGCAUUUGGGGCGCUGUGGUGGCGGCCUGGUUCGCUCUGCCCUUCAUGAAGAUCUUCGAUGUAGUCUCGGAUGCGGUGCUCUACAGCAAGUUCGUGCAGAAGCAGCGGAAUCCCAAGCCCAAGCUCGUGGAAGACAGCUUCAGGACCUGCACGUGGCGCCAGACCAUGAAGGACAUCGCCUCUUGCCAGUGCGGCUCCAGCCGGCGCCAGGCGGUGGGGAACGACGUGAGGCAGCCCCUGCACUUCCUGCCCAGCUUGCCCGGCUGAGGCCUCGAGUACUCGUGAGCUCCGCUUGCACCGGCCGUUUGAAUGGCAUCCCGUUGACUCGGGAGUGCAUGCGAGGCCGAAGACGAGAGACUGACAAUGUCGGCAAUAUGCCGGGUGAAUUACAGCCCUGAAAAUGCAGUGUGGGAUCUUUGGGAAGUGAUUGAUGCCUGU